AGAUAUGCAGGUCAGCGAUUCAUGGGUUAAAUUCUGCUUUAUAAAUUCAGACUGUUGGUACUAAAUGCCAGCCUGGCUGGACUUAAACUAUUUACGAUGCCCAUGCGAGCUUCAAAGAAGAAACGAAAACCCCCAACCCAAAUUCUUCCAACACUGGAGACAAAGGAACUUUUCGUAUAAGUUCCUUACUUUCAUUUUAUUAUUAAUAUGUAUUUUAAUUAUGUUUAUGGAUUGCAUAAAAUGGUUAAUCCUUGUUAUGUGAAGAGUAUAAGUUGCAAGCUUAUACUUUAGGAAAUGUCUUUCCUCACUUUAACUUCCUCAAAGAGAGCCAUGCUUCUGCAACCCCCACUUUUGCAGGUCGUAAAGUUUACGACCACACAGGACAGGAGAGAAGCCAAGUCACUGGCUUCUUUUGAACAAUGCAUUCUAUGGAAUGUAUUCAUUAACUUUCUGUUUUCAUGUUUUAUAAAUGUAUUACGUAUUCCCUUUUGGUACAUUUAGAUGUUUCCCAACAUCUGCAGUGUUAUCAUGUGUUAAACAAAUCUUUAAAUGUGUAAUUCGAUCUAAAAAUUAGAUCUUUGGUCAUAUAUAUAUUAUGUCUAGUCUUGUUCUAAUCGUCAUGCUUUGACAGACCCAUUUAUCUAGAGCAAAGUAAUGAAAAAUGUAUUUAAUCUGGAAUAAUGAACUUGCUUUAAUAUUCCUGAUGAAAUCGGACAGGCCCUAAAUCAUCAGGGGUUUGUCUCAACCGAGACAAAGGAACUUUCCCUCCGCUUCAGAUCGCGGACAUUCAUUGGAUGCUCCCUCGAAAAUGGGCGUGAACUAUUUCAAGCUAUAAGAAUUGACCAAACAAGGUCCACCCUUUUUUUUUUUUUUUUGCUCGUCUUUCUCUUCUCCGUUCUCGGACACGCUGCUCUCCAACGUUGCUUCCGCGCGGCCGUAGGCCGCGCUCAUAGCGCGAACCCCCUCAGCACAGGGGCUGAGAGAAAAAGCCAUUUUAAUGGCUCCUUUGGAAGCUUUCGUUUCGUUCGUUUUCUUUUCUUUUCUUUACUAAGUUUAUUAAACUAUUCGCCUCUCCACGCAAGGAAGACGAAUUCUGGAACAAUGUUUGUUGAACCUUUCAAAUACCGCGCGAGGACAGAACAAAGGACCACGUGCUCCACGCUCACGCCAAGCGCAGCGUGCACGCGCGUCACAUGGCCUCCGUUUCAUGGCACAUGGCUGUUUCAACGCGCAAAGCUCACAAGCUCGACGCCGAUCUCACGCCACACUCACAUGGGACACUUCUGCAAGUAUCACUUUCUCUAUGGAGAUUUAAAUGCUGGUUUAAAGUGUUAUUAUGAUCUGAUUUGUUGUUGGUUCCACUAAGGUUUACUGACUGAUUUUCAUACCUGAGCUCAUUCUGUGAUCUCUCUCGCUUUCUCCACUUCUCUCUCUCUCUCUCUCUCUCUCUCUCUCUCUCUCUCUCUUUUAUUUGGAUUCCGUUAUGUCUUGUAAAUGUUUAUUGUCUGUAUUUUCGUACGCAUAUUUACUCUGUGUGAUUUGUAGUUUGAUGUAUUACUAGUUGAAUUAUUAAAAACUCAUAUAUAAAAUGAUUGGCCUGGACUCCACCCCACUCACAUUACGAGUCACUGAAAUGUUUUGGUCUUUAGCUACAAGCUCUAAAUUUAGAAACUAAAUUUAAUAAGGAUAGGAUAAUAUUUUCAUGGCCAGAGAAUACUUUUCCUUGAAUUAUAAGGCGUGAUAACUUUAUUGAAAAUUGAUAGGUCUACAGUGGUGUGCUGGACAUACCACGGUUUGAUCUGCAGUAAUCUACAGUAAGAGAUAUCACAAUCAUUGAUAUGAAGAAUGUAAUAUUGACAUAUUAAUGAGUAAAUUACAGUGCCCUGUGAUUAGUAUUGGUAUUGGCAAUUGAGCUAUUUUUCAUAAUCAAUAAAAUUAAAUGUAACUGUCAUCUGAGAUAUAUAUUAAUCAAAUUCUUGAUUAAUUAUUCAAAUUCCCUAUAUAUCAUUUGAGUUAAUUACUAUGUAAAACUCAUUGUUGUUACAUUUUGGUGGAGGAACGCGGCUAUUUCAAACUUCGUUUUGUGAGCAAUCAAUCUGUGUAUAUGGUUUUUAAUAAUUUCUGCACGUGCGCUAUGAAAUUAUGUAACGUUACUGGUGAGAUAAGUCGCAAGACGCGAACUCACUCAACUGACUGAGGCAAAAAGCUGGUCAGUAAGCACCUAGGUAUUUAUAGAAACUUAACAGUAUAGUCACUGUUAAUUUUAAUGAAAGUAAUCUGCAGUAUAAUGUUAAAAGUAUCCUGUUAAGAAAGACCAAAAUCUUUUUACAGUGAGAACAUUUUAAUAUGAAUAAUUAAAAGAUGAAGAAAUCUUUUAUUAGUUGCAACAUGUAAAUCUGAACAUGAGCGAUGUUCCUCUGAUUCAGUAAAAAGGCCUUGUUAUUAAACAUCGUUAUUGAAUUCGUGGUAAACCACAGUAAUAUUCAAAAAUAAAACGAUAAAAACUCCUGGUCUAAAAUUGGCUUAGCUACCCGAUUUUUAAACCUAAAACAUUUAAGUCAUAAGUGCUAUUUUGAUAAAUGUUUAUUGGAGUCAACAGUUGGAAAAUUCCUGUUUUUAUUACAGUUGUGUGUUGGAAGUGAACGGAUCCUUCCUUCAUCCUAUGUGAAUAUAUAGCACCUCAGAAAUUAAAACUUUCUGUUUGUUACUUGUGAUUUUUGAUGCAGAAAAUCAGCCUGACAAACGAUCAGAUAAUUUCUAAGUCAUAUUGAAAUUGUAAUUCCUCUAUCUAAACACCAGGAGGAACGCGUGGGUUAGAAAUUUCAGGGUACGCCCUGCUUUUUGAUUCCAGCUUGCAUGAGUGCAAAGCUGCCAUCCUGUGGCCAUUUCAGAUAAUGCGCUCUAAUUGCUAAUCUUUCCCCUUGAUGUAUUUGAAUUAGAUGUCUAAAUUCUCGAUAAAUAUUUGCAUUUACAGCUUUGCUCGUGCGAAUAUUAUUACAGGGAAACAAAAGAAUGUUCCCUGCCUUUGACUGUUUACAUUUACUUUGAGUUUGGUUCAAACAUGAUUUGAAUUAAAAUGUAAUUGUUAAUAGUGGAAAUCUAGAUGUGUCAGGUCAACCACUGAUUGACCCACUUAGAAGGUAAGCCAUCUAGUGGCAGUCUCCUGUUAAAUCGACUAACAGACCUCUGUCUUUUCCAUUCUGUUUUGAAAUUGCAUGUCCACUUUUAUCCUCUUUGAUUAAUCUCACACUGUUUGAUUAAUUUCAUGAUCAUUAAUGAUAACUUACAAGCUAUCAAUGGUUAUUAUAGGAUAUUAUUCCGAUUUUCCUUUUAAUUCUUACAUGCUUAUUUUAAAUUUUGAUUUAAACCAGUUUUGAAUUUUUAAUUUGAAUUAAGUUUUCUGCUCAGCAGGUUAAAGACAGAGAAGCAGUACUUCCCCCCCCUUGUGGUGAAAACCAGCUACUCCUUCUCCCUUGUUUCAUUACUGUUUUUUUUAUUUGAUGUUUAUUAUUUUGCUUCUCUCUUUUGACUUAGGUUAUUUUGAUAAUUACCAUUAUUAUCAUAAAUUCCUUUGUUUUGUUUUAUCAUGAUUAGGUAAAGCUGUUACCUUUCCUCUCUACAUAUAGUUACUCAAUUGAUGUUAAACAAACCAAACCUUAAUUAACUUUAAGUUUCCUUUGUUCAUCCUUUGUGUAUUUGAUUGUAGAACUCCCUUGGUGAUUGGACAGUCAUCUCAGGUUUCCAGUGAGCAAGGCUGCCCGAUCGGUGUUACCGAUACUGGCUGCGAGUGAAACUCGGUCCCUCUUGUCUCAAGAGACAUCAGCAAUUUUGGCACUCCAAAGGUUGUGCUAAAAGUCACAAGCCGUGCUGUCCUGCGACACGCCAGAGUAACGGAGGACCGGGGACACUGCGGUUCAGUGUUUGGGGAGCACCGGGGAGGUUGACCAAGCCACUGGUUCCCACCUGAAUGACUUCAAUUCAACCAGAGACAGUAACCUGGGAGCCACCAACGAAGUUAAAUAGUAGAGCGACGACCAGCAGCCGGUGUCAUCACACGACCCGCUAGGCUACUGCCUGUCAAAUCUCCAUUUCAGGUCCUUCGUUGACCCAAGUUAAUUGGCUACUUAACUGUCUGACUGUUUGCAUCAGUCAGCCCCAAAAUUCUCAUAAACGGCACAGCCCGUAUGAAUAUAGCUCGUUAAAUGUAGAACGAACUUGCAUUGGUCUUUUUGUGUGUGUGUGCUGUGCUUCUCUCACCGACAGAGAAUCAGGAUGUUCCAGGCAUCCAGUCCAGCAGUCCACGGGGGCCACCUCUCGACAUGGUUGAAAGCAGUGACGACCCCCUUCCUGCCCAAGGAUGCCAUUAACCUGCAGCACCCAGAGCAACUAGACACCGAGCUAGAUGAACUGAUGGCACGCGAUCCAAACCAAAGCGACUACUACAGAGAACUCGCCAGGAUCUUCGGAAGCCUAGUUCCCAUUCUCGUCGCCCAGGCACCGCUCAGUGAACGGAGCAACAUCGCGGAGGAGGCCUGGAAGGACCAGGCCCCAACCCAGAGUCAUCUUGAUCAGCUUCUCCUCGAGACCCAGAACCAGCGCGAGAAAGAGGACGACACAGAUCCAGAGCUACAGAAAGGAGUUGAAAGACUUCACAAUGCCCUGCAAGAUCUUCGCCUCGACACAGAUCAAAGAGAACAGCUGGAGAGAGAAGCCAGAAAAGAACUCAACAAAAAACUCCAGCAAGGCGACGCUCUCCUAAAAAGAGCAGAGACUGAACUAAAAAAAAAAAAAAGGACUAUAAAACCUGGGCCUGCAAAACACACUUGCAAGCGGCCCAAGCUAAAUUCAACAAGCUUACUCUGCAGAGAGACAAGCUCCAAGAUGAACUUUACACUGUUCACACAGAACUGAGACAAUUUCACCGAUUACAGAGUGGCUGGAUCGGAGAAACGCACACCACAAAAUUUCUCCCGGGCCGCCACUCCAACCCUUUCAGCCAAGAACCCAGAGCUGGAAAAGGGGGUGUAGUCUCCCUUCUAAGGAAAUCACCAGCCAGCUUACAAGAACAUCUGUCAACAACGGAGGGAAGAGAACCCUUCCAGAGAACGCAUGUCACCAAACCCUGCACUGCUCACAGAGAACUUCACAAGCUAGCCAGAAGCAUCUCUACAUUCAUUCCAGAUCCUGCAGGAGAACAUGAUGUUCAUGCUUCUUUACAAGCCAUUGACUUUCAUUUGCAAACUGUCGCUAACGUGACAGAUGUGAACACAUUGUACCUGUUAAAAAUCACGUCCAGCCGUGAUGUGCAUUGCUUUCUGGAUCGUCAACCAGAGACUGUCAAAGAGUACUACCAGCAACUGCUACAGACUUUGAUUCUUGAAUUCUCUGAUCCAAACUCAGAUCAUGGGCUCCUUAUUGCUAUGGACCUCAAACAGGGCCGAUUUGAAAACCCACAGACUUUCUGUAGUCAGCUACGAAACACCUACUUCGGAGCAUGCAACGAACCAGGUAUGGAACAGGAUUUCAACUUAAAAACUCUGUUCCUCCCAAACCUACAUGCCAGUUGGAGUUUUCAUCUCAGAGUCCCAGCGUGUCCCCGUAACAGAACUACACAAGAGUUACGGAACUUAGCCCACAAAGCUUGCACCAAGCAAAAGACUAUUUGUGAAAAGACUGUGAAAAACCCCAACGUCUCUGUCUCUGAGCACUGCUUGGAGUUAACCCUAGAUGGCGCUCUACAACACCACAGUCACAGACAUCUUUACAGAGAGUCAAUACCAUUCCAAGCCAGCAGAGGGCAACACAGUGCAGCCACGUCUGAGACAGCAGAGAUCCUGAGGGUGCUGAAAGAUCUUCUUCACAUGAAAACUCACAAGGAAGAUGAGCCAAGCACCCAGAACACUGCCCGUCAUCUACAGACCACAGAGCUAACUGUUACAGCACAAGGUGACAGCAACACCCAAGCUCCACAGUCAACACCUGCACACCCUGAACGAGACAGCACAGGUCCUCACACCAGGUACCACAAACACAAGGUACCAGAAAAUGCUGUUUUGACUACCUGCCUUUGCAGCGAGCUACACAAGACCGGUCCUCAUCACCCACCGAUCGUCCCACCUGCCCUAAUGCCAACAUUCCUGGGCAGCCCUGUCAAAAAGGGGGUGGGUCAAAAAGGAGUCAACAGGGAAGACCUGAUCGACACAGGAUUAAACCUGACGGUGAUCUCAUCUUACCUUUUCAAAAGACUCCAAUUUGAAGCUAAGGGACAAGAUCGAACUCUUACACCUCAAACUUAUGAACUGAAUGUACAGGUGUACAGACAGGAUGACAUCCAGUUUGAACAGGUUGUUUCCAUUCACCUGACAUUCGUUCCGAUGAGUCUAAUACAUCCCAUGUAUGUCCCACCAAUGAACACUCAUACAUUGCUCAUCGACAAAGACCUGCUAGAACACUUUGACCCUUUUCUAAACUUCAAACAGCUAAAAGACUUUGCUCAAGUGCGAGAACCUCUUUCUCUCCAGCCACACAGGUUGCUAGAGCCAGACUGUCAGGUCGCAGAGGUCACGGGAACUCCCACAGAGCCAGACGGUCAGGUCACAGAGGUCACGGGAACCCCAGCAGCCAGCCAUGAGUACAACGCCCUAACAACAGGCCCAAGUUCAAGCCUCUGUACCUUAGUCAACAAACAGGGUACGGUGGUACCAGCUUACACCAAAGGGGUCGCUGUUCGGCUCAACCUGCAAGGUGGUCAAACCUUACACCACACGCUGGGUUUCUCCCAAUCCUCACCUGAAUGUGUGGAACUCGGACUCACACUUGCAAAAAAGCAUGUCAAACACCAACACCUGUUCCAGCAAUGUGAUAACAUCACAAAAACACACAAUGUGAUCGUGUACUGGAAGAAGGUAAAAGGACACUCAAAGUUACCAAGUCUAGACGAGGACUUUAAAGAUCACACUGACACCCUUGCCAAAACUGGCACACUAAACAACAUUCUGUGGUCACUCCCAACCCACCCACCCACAUUCAAGGUUGAAGUGAUUACACACAGCACAAGAACUUUACUAGCUAAACUGCCUACCUCAGAAUCGCUUACGCAGGCUCCGUUGUCUACACAGACCAACAUAGCGGACAUGCGGGCUUCUGAAACCUUGAUAAUGACUUUGUUUUACCACCUCUCAGACCCCUCCGUCCACCCUGACAACCAGUCUACAGUCACUGACAACAAAAGCCCCAGACCACUGCAUGAUACACAAACCAUGCUGCGUGCACAGAACAAUAUUGUGGGUUGUGCACCGUCUGACAUCACAAUGCCAGGGCGUGUAAUGCCACGGAGCAAAAGGGGGAUACUGCCAAUAUAUUUCCAUGACGCAGCAUGUGCUGCACCACGCAGCACCAGAGCCACUGACACAACACUGAGGCAAGCGUCAUGCCAGCAGCAAGAUGUGGCAAAACAUGGGCGAGGGCGAGCUAAACCCAGUCGCCGCCCACGAAGCAAAGAGACUGUCCUGUCCAACCAAAGACAGGCCUUGUUUGUUUCUUUCUCCCCUUUCUCUCUCUCUCUCCCUAUUAUCUGUACCAGGAUGCUGCUGUGGUUUGCCGUGCCGUGCUGUCAGCCAAAGAGAGGACAGCUGCCACCGAGAAAACCGCUGAGACUCCUGACUACCGAUGACAGGGCACACUACCCCAGCACUGUAACCGAAUACAGCUGUACAAGGUUCCGAUGGAGAGAGGACUCCCUCACUCACACUGAGGCCGAUGUCAAACACCUGUUCAGCCAAUAUGAGAAAGUGACGGUUACACAAAUGGAGUUAGGUGGACACCACCACCGCUCCAAACAGUUCCCGGGAGCUUUGCUUAGAGCCGCUGCUGCUGCCGCCAGAAUGUUUAACAUUGUUAUGUCCAGUGUCAAUGCAGCGAACCAGACUGUAAACUCCUUGAAACCACUGUUUACUGUCUUCCAGAAGAACUUUACCCAGACUCCGCUGUUUACAGCAUUAACAACAGCCAUGCUGUGGGAGGUUAGCUCCUCCAAUGACAGCCUAACCACGAGUAAAACCCCACCGUACAUGAUAUCUUUAAGCCUUGUGUUAACUGUGCUGUCUUACGCCAUCACCAUGCCAGCUGACCUGCUACAAAUACACCUGGCCAACUCUCUGGAUAGCGCCUUCCUACGGCACGUAAACCCCAAACCGAGAGAAGUGAACGUGCUCCUGAACCAACUCAUCAGCGAGUCAAGCCAAGUCUACAGACCUAAAGACAUUGUCAGUGUCAGGAUGUGGAAGAGCAACACCCACACCAAAACACACAUUCCAAAUGUGGUGGCCUACCACGACAGCAACACACAGCUGUACCUGGCCCCAAACAUGCACAUGUGUACUUUAACCAAAGACAUUCAUUAUCUCUGCCUUAGCAAACCCUUCCUCAGACACAACUCUGAAGGAAUCUGCGAGCUGCAACCCUGGGUCAGCGAUACGCGCUGCCCUGCCGAAGCCAAGCCUCGUACACAAGUCACAGAAACGCAAGCAGAGAUUGUGGGUAACAGAUGGCUCGUCAACACUCCUGUGCGCUCAGCUAUGCUGACCUACGACCAGCAUGACACCGCCACCCGUGCCAACCUGCUGGACCAAGUACUGAAAGGUACCACCCAACACAUUGACAUUACUCCUGUCGAUACAGCCCUCCAAGCACUGUCUCGACAGCCCAUUCUGAACCAGUCAUCUGCGGUCCUAGCCUGGACUGCUGCCGACACUGCACGGUGCAUCUUCACCGUCAUUGGUCCCACCCUGACUCUUGGCGUGACCUUCAUCCUAUACAGGAUACUCAACGAGAUGCAAACCUCUACAGCCAAACUCACGACAACUGUGGCUGGAGGUCCCCGAUGGAAUCCCCGGAAAGGGGGUGCCAAGUCAAAGACAACACCGAACCUCAUCAAGGGGAGUCCUCAGCUUCAGGAACCACCUGCCAUCAUGACCCACCUGCUACAUGACCAUCACGAUUCACCUUUCAUCUGCCCAUCCUGAUGAUUGCCGUCCGAUGAUGUCCACACAGGGACUUCAUCUGACGAAAGGGGGAGAUGUAACAGAUAUGCAGGUCAGCGAUUCAUGGGUUAAAUUCUGCUUUAUAAAUUCAGACUGUUGGUACUAAAUGCCAGCCUGGCUGGACUUAAACUAUUUACGAUGCCCAUGCGAGCUUCAAAGAAGAAACGAAAACCCCCAACCCAAAUUCUUCCAACACUGGAGACAAAGGAACUUUUCGUAUAAGUUCCUUACUUUCAUUUUAUUAUUAAUAUGUAUUUUAAUUAUGUUUAUGGAUUGCAUAAAAUGGUUAAUCCUUGUUAUGUGAAGAGUAUAAGUUGCAAGCUUAUACUUUAGGAAAUGUCUUUCCUCACUUUAACUUCCUCAAAGAGAGCCAUGCUUCUGCAACCCCCACUUUUGCAGGUCGUAAAGUUUACGACCACACAG